UGCAGGAGCGCGGGUCUGACCUCAGGAGGACUUUGAUGGGGAGCAGAGCGCUAACAUUAGCCUUACUGGUUUUACUGGAAGAACAAAGAAUUCCCCUGCAGAAUCCCAGCGGAGCUACCGGCCGCUCUCCACUGCUCCCAGCACCUGCUCUCAGUCUGCGAGGAACACCAGCACACACAGGUUUAUGGCAAAGUUUCUGGCCGAGCUGCUGGGAUGUACUCUACCAGAGAAGGGCUCCAGCCCCAUGUUCGAGUGCAGGAGUCAGCCCCACAUCGGACUGAGGCACGUCUCCAAACAGCGGCCCACCAUCUUUGGGACGCUGACUGAAAAGGCACUAUGUGACCACAACUCGGACAAGAUGCCUCAGACACCACCGUUUCCGGGGAUGUUUGGGUCCAGUGGCUACAACAAGAACCUGUACCAGACAAAAGAGGAGGACUAUGGGGGGCUGUAUUACCAUGAGAACAACCUUGUGUCCGGUUCUCUGGAGGCCCUUAUUCAGCACCUAGUCCCGUCUGUGGCCUACUACCCUGAUAGGACAUACAUCUUCACAUUCUUGCUCAGUUCCCGGCUCUUUAUCCACCCAUAUGAGCUCAUGUCCAAAGUGUGCCACUUGUGUGUGGACCAUCAGAGACUCAGUGACCCUCAGGCAGACAAGGUGAGAAUCAGGAAAAUUGCACCCAAGAUCCUGCAGCUGUUGACAGAGUGGACUGAGACAUUUCCUUAUGACUUCCGGGAUGAAAGGAUGAUGAGGAGUCUGAAGGAACUCACGCAUCGGCUUGGCACCGGGGAUGAGCUUUAUCGGAAAACAGUGCAGCAGAUGACGCAAGCGCUGAUACGCAAGCUCACCGCAGUCAGUCAGUAUGAAGAAGCCCUGGCGAAGAUCAACUCCACAGCGACUGACAGGCUAACAGUUUUGAAAACCAAGCCACAGUCCAUCCAGAGGGACAUCCUAACCAUCUGUAGUGACCCUUUCACCCUGGCUCAACAACUCACACACAUUGAGCUGGAGCGACUCAGUUACAUAGGACCUGAAGAAUUUGUCCAGGCAUUUGUACAGAAAGACCCUCUAGACAAUGAGAAGAGCCGUUUCAGCGAUCGCAAGAAAGCCAGCAACCUGGAGGCGUACGUGGAGUGGUUCAACAGACUCAGCUACCUGGUAGCCACAGAGAUCUGCAUGCCGGUGAAGAAAAAGCAUCGGGCCAGAGUCAUUGAGUUUUUCAUCGACGUGGCGCGAGAGUGCUUCAACAUUGGCAACUUCAACUCUCUCAUGGCCAUCAUUUCUGGCAUGAAUAUGAGUCCUGUGUCGCGGCUAAAGAAGACUUGGGGAAAAGUGAAGACUGCCAAGUUUGAUAUUCUGGAGCACCAGAUGGACCCAUCCAGCAACUUCUACAACUACAGGACAGCGCUACGUGGGGCCACUCAGAGAUCUAUUACUGCUCACACCAGUAGAGAGAAGAUUGUCAUUCCUUUCUUCAGUCUCUUAAUCAAAGACAUCUACUUCCUCAAUGAAGGAUGCUCCAACCGGCUCCCGAAUGGACACGUCAAUUUCGAGAAAUUCUGGGAGCUGGCCAAGCAGGUGAGCGAGUUCAUGACCUGGAAGAAGGUGGAGUGUCCCUUCGAGAAGGACCGCAAGAUCCUGCAGUACCUCCUGACUGCUCCUGUCUUCAGUGAGGAUGCUCUGUACCUGGCAUCCUACGAGAGCGAGGGACCUGAAAACAACAUGGAGAAGGACAGAUGGAAAUCUCUCAGGUCUUCUCUGCUGAACAGGACGUAGUUCCCUUUUUGAAGAAACCAAGUCAAUGAAGAGUAGAGCUUCUGGAAAGCCAGCUAUGAACCCCCUUUAUCCCCUCGGAAAGUGAGAAGUAUCCCUGUUUUUGAAGGGAAACGACAAUCUCUACUUCGCUGGAACGGAUUCUUUCUUUUCUAAGAGAGGAGCGCCUUUCUAUAAGACGAUGAGUGAUCUGCUGCUGCUCCUACUGGAUAUUUCAGAACAGCUUUUUGUACAGCUCAUCUCUUUGUACAAAAGACUUUGUACCCUUUAUUUUCCUUAAAACCUUCGUAGGACUUGUUGUUUUGAUGGGAGAGGAACAGUGCAGGGUUGUUGAUGUUCCUCGGCUGCGGUCGUCUUAUGAUUCCUUCGAGAGGGAUUCAGACACAUGCUUUUGAACCACCUCCUGACUUUUCUUUCCUUUUUUUUUCUUUUUUGCAAACCCUGUUUUCUCCUCUUUACGCAAACAGCACGGGUUAGCUGCUGGUUGGCUAACUUGAAUAGUGCAGAAAAGAAAAUAAAACAUAUUAAAACCAGCAUUGUGUACUACUGGCUGCCAGUACUGUACAUUGUACAAGUAAAAAAGUAUAUACUUUAGCAUUAUUUGCAUUAAUUUAAGUACAGAUUUAUUUUUUCCUUAUUAUUGUUAUGGUUGUGUUUGUUGAUAUUGUUUUUUUAUACAUAUGAGAUGUGUGUGUGUGUAGUGUUUCUCUUACAUGUGUGAGUGACUGUUGAGUGGACGAGAGAAGCUCGUCAAGGUUUGCUGGAUGGGUGCACUGGGUGCAUCUGAGAAUAAAGAUGUCAUUUACGAUUAUUGUGAUAUCCUGAUACCAUGUUCAUUUUUGCCUUUUCAUCUGUUGUCCCUACCUUCAGAGCGCUUACCAUGUUCGUGUGGACCGUUGAAGGUGCUACAUUCCCUGUAAUAAACAGUGUUAUAAUCAGAAAUACCACGUUCCACUUUAUGAUAUGAAGUAGAUACAGUACAGGUUUGAAGUCUGAGGGAGGCACUGAAACACAUUGCUACUGUCCACCCAAUGUACUACUUCUACAACGAUGCUAUAUCGCCACCUGGUGACUAUUAAAGAGAAUACACAACUGAUGUGGCAGACAGUAGUUUGAAAGACGCAGUUUGGAAGUUUCUCGACUGUCCUGCACCUUUUAGUGCAUUCCCCUGUGAACCACCUGAUCCAAAAAGCACUAAAAUGUGCUGGACAGUGGGCCUCGAGGUCCAAGAUUAGAAAGAGAAACACAGAAGGAUUUAAAAGAAUCAUAUCAUGCUGCACAGCUACAUGAAGCUUUUCCACAUUUAAACACGUAAAAGUCUAGAAGAUUCAACUUCAUUAUAUUGUUGUUAUUAUUCUAAUUAUUAUUAUGUUAUAGUUUUUACAGUGUUUCGUGUUCCUCCCUAAACAAAAAAAACCUGUGUUGUCAUUUUCUGUACAUUUUCAGUGAUUAUACACAUUUUGUUACUUUUUUGUUGUUGUAUAUUAUUUGUACUAGGUACAUAACAUAUUUUAUAGCUACCAGAUAUUUCCCUAAACUAAUAUUUCAUAUUUAUAAAACUUUGUACGAGACUAGUUUUCAGGGCACUAGCGCACAAUAUGACGUUAACAGUGAAGAUUGACUGAUGUCUAAGUGUGCCCUGCUGUUUCUUUUGCUUACACUAAAUUUUUCCACAGAGGUUAUUAUUGUGUUUUCUCUCCCCUGUGUACAUUGCUAUGUAUUUUGACUGUUCUGAUGGAUUAGAGAGCCUCUGAAAUAGCUGUGGUAUAGGACGAAAAACUAUUCAAUUAAAGAACACGUAUGUAAA